AUGUAUAGGAAAGUUGAGAAAGAACCCAAUAAAGUAGCUGAUGAGAGCCAAGUAGGAACACAUAUAGCUGAUAAUGAGGAGAUGAUCAUAACCAAAGAAACUGUUGAGAAAGAAAAGUCAUAUGUUCCUCCACCACCCUAUAAACCAACAAUACCAUAUCCUCACAGACUUGCUAAAACUAAGAAUGAGGGCCAGUUCAAUAAAUUUAUAGAGCUUCUAAAGCAACUUCAUAUCAUUGUACUUUUUACAAAGACCAUUACACAAAUACCCUCUUACGCCAAGUUCCUAAAAGAGAUCAUGUCCAAUAAAAAGAAACUUGAAGAUGAUAAGACAAUGGAACUCACUUCAGAGUGUAGCACCAUUAUCCAAAAUAACAUGCCCCCGAAGCUGAAAGGCCUUGGCACUUUUUCUAUACCAUGUGUGAUAGGCAAGUUUGUCAUCAACAAGGCAUUUUAUGACCUAGGAUCUAGCGUUAGUUUAAUGCCCCUCUCGAUUUAUGAAAAUCUGAACUUAGGAGACUUGAGGCCAACGAGGAUGUCCCUUCAGUUGGCCGAUCGCUCCGUUAAGUACCAUGUAGGAAUGUUGGAAAACAUUCUAGUGCGCAUUGGCCAAUUUUACAUUCCUGUGAUUUUAUACUGA